AUGGCUGCCGCUCGCGCACGGGCGCUCCGCGCGCUGCUCGCAAGGUGCUCGACGGAAUGCCGCCGCGGCACUUCCCCUUGCCCCUCCUCCUCUACCGCCGCCGCAUCGUUCUCCAGCCUCAGCCGUGCGGUCACAUCUCCCUCCCCACACGCCGCUCGCUCCCGGCGCCUCCUACCCGCGCCGCGCGCGGCGGCGGCGCACGUGCGGGCGCAGACGCGCUUCCUGGCGAGCGAGGCCGCGCGGGGCGGCGUUGGCGGGCGCGAGGCAACAACGGACGACGAGGAGGAGGCGGCGCAGGAGUGGACGGUGGAGUGGGAGGACAGCGAGGACGACGACUACGAGCCCGAGAUCGGCGACGGCGGGGACGGCGGCGGGGUCGCGCUUCGGGGCGUUGAGUGGGGCGAGCGUGCCCUCGUGGCGGCCGAGGAGGUUCUCGCCGACCAUUUUGGGGAUGACGUCGCCUUGUUCGCCUUCAAGGUGUCGCCCAAGGGAUACGUCUACGUGCGCCUCGACAAGCUGACCAACAUGUAUGGGUGCCCGGAUAUUGAGGAAAUAGAGAAUUUCAAUAGGCUCUACAAGCAGAAGUUGGAUGAGAUCAUUGAAAGAGGUGAAAUAUCCCUGGACCUGGCACUUGAGGUAUCAUCACCAGGUGCAGAGAGGCUUCUGAAGGUGCCCGAGGAUUUGGACCGCUUCAAGGACAUGGCUAUGAGGGUGCAAUACCUUGCUGAAGGUGAUAAUGACCUUAUGUCGAAGAAGAACCAGGUGAAGGAUGGCAUCUUCUUGCUCGAGUCCGUUGACACUCAGGCUGAGCACUGUGUCUGGAAGCUGGCAGAUGUCAAGGAAAACCGAGCAGAAGCUGGGAAAGGAAGGCCGCUGAACAGGAAGCAGAAAGACUGGAGGCUGCAGACUUCCUUCACAGCAGUGAAGAAGGUGACCUUGUACUUGGACUCAAACUAG